CUUAAUCCUUUUACUCGGUCUCAGUACACAACUACACACACACUUCCCUCUUAUAAGCUUAAUACACCUUUAACAUUUUCGAAACGCUUAAUUUUUUCAAUUCUCUCUCAAAAUUCCCCAAAAUUUUAAUUUCUUUCAAUCCCUAGGAUCUUUUGGUGACUUCUAUUUCACGUAAAACAAUGGGCGGAAGAGCAGUGGUUUCAGACGAUGAAGAGGAGCUUGAUCUUCAAGAUGACGAGAGAGAGCAAGAUGAAGAAGGCGAGGAACUUGAUGAUGGGGAAGGUGGUGGUGGUGAUGAUGACGAUGAAGACGAAGAUGAUGAAGGACAGGAUGAGUUUGAGAAUGAUGGUUUCAUCGUUGAUGGUGAUGAAGAAGAGGAAGAACCAGAAGAAGAAGAAGAAGAAGAUAGGGACGAUGAUGAGGAGAGACAUAGAAAGAAGAGAAAAAAGAAAAGGGAAUCCUUUGAACUUGAUGAUGAUGAUUAUGAGCUUCUUCUGGACAAUAAUGUUAAGGUUCCUCGUAAAGAAACUAAAAAGUUGAAAAGGUUAAAGAAGGCUCGGCGUGAUGCUGAUGUUGGGCAUUCUGGUCUCUCUGAUGAGGAUGAAUUUGAUGGAGCUGGGAGAGGUGGAAGGACAGCAGAGGAGCAGGUCAAACGCUCCUUAUUUGGUGAUGAUGAUGGAGGACCGGUUGAGGAUAUCCCUGAAGAUGAUGAGCAGGUAGAAGAAGAGGAUCCAGACUUGAAUGAUGAAGAUGAUAUGGCUGAUUUUAUUGUUGACGAAGAUGAAGUUGAUGAUGAUGGAAUGCCUAUCAGAAGAAAACCGCAAAAGAAAAAGAAGCAUAGACAAGCUCCUGGAGUUCCAUCAUCUGCACUGCAGGAGGCUCAUGAUAUCUUUGGAGAUGUCGAAGAACUUCUGGAUAUGCGUCGUCGAUUGAAUCUUGAAAGAGAUGGGUAUGAUGAUAGUGGUCAAUGGAAGGACAGAGGGCUGGAAUAUGAGUUUGAACCUAUCAUUCUUGCGGAGAGGUAUAUGACUGACAAGGAUGAUCGUAUGCGGGAGAUCGAUGUACCUGAAAGAUUGCAGAUAUUCGAGGAGAGCACAGGUCCUCCUCCUACUGAUGCUGAAUUCAUUGAAGCUGAGACCAAGUGGAUCAAAAAGCAGCUAGAAUCUGGUCAAAUUCCUGGGCUUGCAAAUGUAACAUUUGGAGAAGAAGUAGAAGAUCAUAUUAGAAAUUUUCUGAACUUCACACAUGUUCAGAAACUUGAUCUUCCUUAUAUUGCUAUGUACCGCAAGGAGGACAUUUACAGUUUGUUGAAAGACCCCGAAACAGGUGAAGAUGUCAGCCAUGAUAAGCCUGCUUUAAGAAGGCACAAGGUGCUUUGGGUUGUCUAUGACUCAGAUAGAAAAUGGUUGCUUCUUCAAAAGCGAAAGAGUGCUCUCCAUGGAUAUUACAAUAAAAGAUUCGAGGAAGAGUCCCGCAGAGUAUAUGAUGAAACAAGACUAGGUUUAAAUCGACAGCUUUUUGAAUCAAUUAUUGAAGCCUUGAGACUUGCCGAAUCUGAAAGGGAAGUGGAUGAUGUUGACUCAAAAUUUAAUUUGCAUUUCCCUCCUGGUGAGGCUGGUGUGGAUGAGGGGCAGUAUAGAAGACCGAAGCGUAAAUCACUUUAUAGCAUUUGCAACAAAGCUGGUUUAUGGGAGGUAGGCAGCAAAUUUGGCUAUAGCUCUGAGCAGUUUGGCAGGCUGAUCUCUUUGGAGACAAAAAUGGAUGAACCUGAAGAUCCAAAGGAGACACCUGAGGAUGUUGCCUCAAACUUUACAUGUGCGAUGUUUGAUUCACCUCAAGCUGUUCUAAAAGGUGCUAGACACAUGGCAUCAGUUGAGAUAAGUUGCGAGCCUCGUGUGAAAAAGCAUUUUCGUAGUAUAUAUUUUGACAAUGCAGUGGUUUCAACAUGUCCUACAUCUGAUGGAAAUGUCGUCAUAGAUGCUUUCCAUCAAUUUUCUGGUGUCAAAUGGUUACGCAAUAAGCCAUUAAACAAAUUUGAGGAUGCCCAAUGGCUUCUCAUUCAAAAGGCUGAGGAGGAGAAGCUCCUCCAGGUUACUAUUAAAAUGCCUGAGGAGAAUCUUAAGAAGUUGUUAAGUGAUUCCGAGGAUCAGUAUGUUAGCUGUGGUGUUAGUAAGCUAGCACAGUUGUGGAAUGAGCAGAGAAAAUUGAUAUUGCAGGAUGCAAUUUUUAAUUUUAUAUUGCCAACACUGGAGAAGGAAGCUAGACUGUGGUUGACUAGCAGGGCUAAGACCUGGUUGCUCAUGGACUAUGGUGAACAUCUUUGGAAUAAAGUUUCUGUGGCUCCGUACCAGCGGAAGGAAAGUGAUAUGAACUCAGAGGAUGAGGCAGCACCAAGGGUCAUGGCAUGCUGUUGGGGUCCUGGAAAGCCACCAACCACUUUUGUCAUGUUGGACUCAUUUGGUGAGGUUAUUGAUGUCUUAGAGGCUGGGUCAAUCAGCCUGAGGUCUCAAAAUAUUUCUGAUCAACAUCGUAAAAAGCAUGAUCAGAUGAAUCUUUUGAAGUUCAUGACUGAGCAUCAGCCACAGGUCGUAGUCCUGGGGGCUGUGAGUUUGUCUUGUACCCGGCUUAAGGAUGAUAUUUAUGAGAUUGUCUUUAAGAUGGUUGAAGAAAAUCCCAGAGAUGUGGGGCACGAGAUGGAUGGAUUGAGUGUUUUCUACGGAGACGAAUCUUUACCUCGUCUCUAUGAAAAUUCGCGUAUUUCAUCUGAUCAGAAUCCUGGGCAUAAAGGUGUUGUGAGACGAGCUGUUGCCCUUGGACGCUACCUCCAGAAUCCAUUAGCUAUGGUUGCAAAUCUUUGUGGACCAGGCAAGGAAAUUUUGUCGUGGAAACUUAGUCCUUUAGAGAGCUUUCUCAAUGCCAAUGAAAAGUGUGCAAUGGUUGAACAGAUUAUGGUUGAUGUAACUAACCAGGUGGGGAUUGAUCUGAAUUUGGCAGCAAAUCAUGAUUGGCUAUUUGCUCCUUUGCAGUUUGUUUCUGGUCUUGGGCCCAGGAAAGCAGCAUCUUUACAGCGGUCACUUGCAAGAGCUGGGGCAAUAGUCACAAGAAAAGACUUGUUGACUGCACAUGGACUUGGGAGAAAGGUGUUCAUAAGUGCUGCUGGUUUUCUGCGUGUUAGGCGUAGUGGUUUAGCUGUUAGUACCAGCCAGUUUGUUGACGUCUUAGAUGAUACAAGAAUACAUCCAGAGUCCUAUGCCCUGGCACAAGAAAUGGCAAAAGAUAUUUAUACAGAAAUUGUGGGAGAUGAUAAUUUUGAUGAUGAUGAUAUUGAGAUGGCAAUUGAACACCUCAGAGACCGACCAAGUGCAUUGAAAUCAUUUAGUGUUGAUGCAUAUGCAAAGGAUACAGACCGUUUGUCUAAGAUAGAGACCUUGCAUGCGAUUAAAAUGGAAUUGAUACAAGGAUUUCAAGAUUGGCGUAAAGCAUAUGAAGAACCUAAUCAAGAUGAAGAGUUCUAUAUGAUUUCUGGGGAGACAGAUGCCACAUUGAGUGAAGGACGAGUUGUUCAAGCUACAGUUCGCAGGGUGCAACCUCAAAGAGCAAUGUGUGCCUUGGAAUCAGGAUUAACUGGUAUGCUUGCACGAGAAGAUUUUUCAGAUGAUUGGAGAGAUUGUGAUUUGACUGAGAAGUUGCAUGAAGGUGAUAUCCUUACCUGUAAGAUAAAAAAUAUCCAGAAAAACAGAUACCAGGUGUUUUUGACAUGUAAAGAGAAUGACAUGAGGAAUAUGGGGCAUCAGAAUAUUGAGAAUCGAGACCCUUACUAUCAAGAAGACAGUAUCAGCUUACCAAGUGAGCAAGACAAGGCUCGCAAAAACAAGGAGCUUGCGAAGAAGCGUUUCAAACCUAGGAUGAUUGUUCAUCCUCGUUUUCAGAAUAUUACUGCUGAUGAAGCGAUGGAGCUUUUGGCAGACAAAGAACCCGGGGAAAGUGUUAUUCGUCCAAGUUCUCGAGGUCCAUCUUAUUUGACCUUGACUCUGAAGAUUUAUGAUGGUGUCUUUGCUCACAAGGACAUAAUUGAAGGUGGAAAGGACCACAAAGAUAUAACAAGUUUGCUUCGGAUUGGGAAAACUUUGCAGCUUGGUGAGGAUACUUUUGAGGAUUUGGAUGAGGUUAUGGACCGCUAUGUUGAUCCCUUGGUUACUCAUUUGAAGGCAAUGCUGAACUAUCGCAAGUUCCGAAAGGGUACAAAAGCAGAAGUUGAUGAGCUCCUUAGGAUUGAGAAGUUAGAUAACCCGGCUAGAAUAGUUUAUAGUUUUGGAAUUUCACAUGAGCAUCCUGGCACAUUUAUCCUUACAUAUAUUCGUAGUUCAAAUCCUCAUCACGAGUAUAUCGGUUUAUACCCUAAAGGCUUCAAAUUCCGCAAGAGGAUGUUUGAUAAUAUUGAUAGGCUUGUAGCGUAUUUCCAGAGGCAUAUUGACGAUCCCAUACAUGAAUCACCGUCUAUUCGAUCAGUUGCUGCUAUGGUGCCAAUGCGUAGUCCAGCAACUGGUGGUUCCUCUGGUGGUGGUGGAUGGGGUGGCUCAGGAGGCAAUGAUGCUGGCUGGCGAGGAUCUUCUGAUAGAGAUCAUUUGAGGGCAGGACGAAAUGAUUACAGAAAUGGUGGUCGUGAUGGGCAUCCUAGUGGAGCACCUAGGCCAUACGAAGGAGGAGGCCGUGGUCGGGGUCGUGGCCGUGGCCGUGGUGGUCGAGGCUCAUAUGAUGGAACCAGAGAUGGCGGGAGCAGGGAUGGUGGUGAUUCCAGCUAUGGAUGGAAGCGGGGCUCUGAUAAUAGAGAUAGCGGGCAUGGUUCCAAGCGUGGUUCAGACAAUAAUAAAGAAGGAAGCAAUAGUGAUUAUAGAAGCUUCCCUGGUGCUAAAGUCCAUAAUGCUCCAGGUGAGGAAGCUUUUCCUGGUGGAUGGAGUUCAAGUGGGGCUGGUGGUAGUAGUAGUGGAGGCGGAGGUGGAGGCGAAAGUAGCAUUGGAGGCUUGCGCGUAUCUGGUGGUGAUGCCCGCAAAGAUUCUAGGCGGGGUUCAGGUUCAGUUUCAGGUUCCAAGAGCUACUCCUUGGGACUGUCGGACAGCCGGGGUGGAGGAGGUGGGUGGUAGGUAAAUACCAUCAAUGGUUUUCUAUACCUGAAAUAGAUGAACAUGUUAUCAGCUUUUGAAUCACCAAAUCAAGUUUUGACUAGGGACUCUUGUAUUUUAGCCCAGUAAUGACCUUUUUCAAGGUAAAUGUAAGCAAUUAGUGAGUAAAAUAUUCUAGUGUCUAAUUACAGUCUCCAUCCCUUGAUCGUGGUGUUAUUCAGUCCACCGGCGUUACGCGACACAUCUGUAACGAUUUUGGCGAUGUAGAGAUUUGAUUUGGCCAAUUUAGGGUUAGAUUACGACGAAGUCACAGCCUCACAGGAGUCGACGAAAAUUGAAUAUGGAAGCAGUGUUUGUAGAACUCUAGAUACUUUUAUUUUGGUCAUUUAUGGGAUUGGAUACAAGCUACAAAGUAUUUGUAAUGAUAUAGUUUAAUAAAUUAAUUUUUUACUUCCA